CGGUGUAGACACGAUGCUAGACACCAGAUGCUCCCGUAUUAUCAUGAAAGAAAUGACGUUCCGUGUUGCCGAUUUUCUUUUUUUUGCUUCACUUGCAAGUAUAAAUUUGAGAUCCGAGCGCCGUACGGUGGCAGUGAACUCAACCCCCUUCACAAAACGCAGCUGUUUGGCAGAUGGUGAACAAUUCUUCAAAGCAGUGAACAAAAAUGAGACUUCCGAGGUGUUUAUUGCCACUCCCAAGUGCAGUUUACUGUCAAACUGAGAAUAAAACUCAAAGAAUUACAUGUUGCACAUGUACUGUAAAACAACCACGUAACAGUGCCUGAAAGCCCGCUAGCUUAAUGCUAACACACAAUAGGAAAUUCCAUAGGUGGGCUAACGAAGAGCCUCUGCGUUGCAGCAUUAUAACCCUUUAUACGUAGAAAGCGCUAUUUGAACACAAACAGUGGAGUAACAAACGUAGACAAAUUAUAACGAUAACAAUACUCACAGACAUAUAUUCUUUAUCCUCUCCAAAGAACAACGACUAUUACUGCGGCUUACUGAGGAGCUGAGACCCUCUCCAUGUACAGUAUACUGUAUCCGUUUGUCUGGAUUAUACUGCCACCAGGUGGUCAAGCAUCCAGACCCCGAGGAGAUUGUUCCUUUAGAGAGAAAAGCAUGUUAGCCUGCACGGAAAUGAUCACCAUGUGUCUGCAGUCGGCCAAGCGCAAACAUGUUUGGACUCAACAUCAUCAGCAGCAGCAGGAGCAGCAGAACAGCAGCGGUCGAGGGCUCAGCAUCCUUCAUGACAUAUUUCGCCGGGCAGACAAAAAUGAUGACGGCAAGUUGUCAUUUGAAGAGUUCAACGCUUACUUUGCUGACGGUGUUUUGACAACGGCACAGCUACAGGAGCUUUUCUACUCCAUCGACGGGCGGCAGAAUAACAAUCUGGACACUGACAAGCUAUCAGAUUAUUUUUCUCAACACCUCGGGGAGUACGUGAACGUCCUCUCAGCUCUGGAGAAGCUCAAUGUGGCCAUUUUAAAGGCCAUGUAUAAAACUAAAGAGGAGUACCAGGACUCUAGCGUCCUGGGCCAGUUCGUGACCCGCUUCCUGCUGCGACAGACGUCCGCUCAGCUGCUGUCGCUUCAGAGGUCGCUGCAAUGCGCCAAGGAGGCCGUGGACGAGGAGAGCGUCUCCGCUCUGAGAAAGUUGGAUACGAGUAGCCGAAGCUGCGGUCACAGGAUCCCUAACAACGUCUCAAACAACGUCCCCCCACGCGCCCGAAACACAAACGAGGAGGCGGAGUCGAACUCGCAGAUUGCCCGGCUGCAGCAGCUGCUCGAUCAACUGGAGUGUCAGGGUCCCAAGUUGGAGCCUGUGAAGUUGGACACUCCCACAUCCACAGCCAACAUUCUGCUGCUCCAGAGGAAAAUGGCUGUGAACCACAGCGACGCGGACAACUUCCGGAAUGUUCUCAAGAGCUACGUCGAUGCCACGGCAGCCCACUCGGACAACCUGCACGUAUCCAUUCAGAAGGUUCCGGAAAAGUCCUCUUAUGUGAUUUAUGAGUUCUGGCGAGACCGCGCCUCCUGGAUGAGCUACCUGCAGUCCAGCAGCAGCAAAGACUUCCAGCGCUGCGUCAUCAACAUGAUGGAGGACACUGAGGUGGUAUCCACGAUGUUGCUCCCAGCUUCCUGGUGGAUUAUGACUAACAACUGAAUCCAGACGUGUCAUGGACGCUGGAGCGACAAACGACCCACCCACCCGCAUGGCUACACGCAGACAAACACACGCACGCAUGCACACACAGAGGCAAGGAGGCAAGGAGGAUUCCAAAAGCAUUCAUGUGUUUGAAGGCCGUGUCGCCACCCUGCCUGCUCCGGGAGCUCGUUGUCAUCUUCAGCUGCUCAUUGUUCCGCUUCGAGAUGCUACACAGUGUACAUACUGUAUAAUUAUGUCGGUUGUUGAAAAAGUUUCUCCGGCAAAUAUGCAUGACGAUACUAAUAAUAAUGACAGUACUAGUAUAUCAUCUGUAUGUACAUUAUAUUGCGGGAAACGGCGGUUCGGAUUUAAGUCGCCAUUUUUAGGACUUGGCUAAAACGUAUGUACAGUAAGAUUCAAGUUGACUUGAACGCAUGAGACUUGACUUCACGCACAGUGCUGUAAACUUAAACGACAACACAUGACACCUUUCCUGUUUACUUUCGAAAGUCAGCCAGGUGCUGCUUUUAAUGGAGUUGAGAAAAGGAGAAUGGCAACGUGCACGGUUUGAGACGCACCAACUACGACAUCGACUUCAUCUGUCACUGAAACCCACAAGGACAGGCGAGUUACAUUAUCGUCACAUUUGACGCGAACCGAUAGCUGGUCGAACAUGAACUUAGCGUCGUGCCAUUUAUGUUGAUUAGUUGUGAAGACAAAAGAAAUAGAUAAUACCGAGACUUGUUUCGGAAGAAUUUAAAAACAACGCGAUUGUGUGAUUUUUUUUAGCACAACAAAUAACUUCAGUUCCGACGCUGAGUGCGAAGGGGUUAAUGGGCCCGUUAUAUAUAAGAUUGUAUGACUUUUGACUUAUGACUGUUGUGUUCCGGUUCAGAAAAUGGCCCAAACUUGUAAGCAAACUAAAGAGUCUAUUGAAUAAAAAAAUCAUUCAAGUGUGUGUGUAAGAGUGACUAAAGUUGACCUGCUUGAUUAUCAUGAAACCUAUUUCAUUAUUAUUAUUAUUAUUAUUAUUAUUGGGCUGUUUCCUCGCUCAAACGUGUACUUGUAUCUGUUGGUAUAAGAACAAAAGGGCGUCAGAAAGUGGACAAGCAGCAGGGCAAAAAAGGUGGCCGACGACAUCUGCUCUCCUCUUUUCUUCCUUCUUCCAUCUGGCACACUUUUACAUGCAGAGGGAGGAAAUUACAGCUUGGAAAAUAGGAUACGUGCCAAAUCGGAGCAAAAUAUGUCCUGUUUCCAUUGUUUUUUUUUUGUUGGCUUUUUUUCGGUCUGUGACUUACAUAAACCCCUUUGUGGUACAAACACAUUUUAUGUAGCCACAAAUAGGGCGCUCUAAAAAAAAAAGGCGCUUCUUUACAGACACUGCGGUUUUAUUAUCCUAAAAAAAUCUAAUUAUAAUGAAUCAUGUUAUCUAAUUCGAAUUAUUUAACAAUUAUAUAUUGGUUUUAUGUUUUUUACAUAAUCAAAGGGGCUUUGAAGGAAGUCAAUCAUUUUUGGAAUUAUUUUUAAAUAU